AUGCGGUUGACAACAGCAAUCUUCACCACCCUUUGCCUCGCCUUCUCCGCGACAGCCGAUCAGCGAAUCUGCUUCCCCAUACCAGGACAACCAGCCACCGUCCCUCAGUCCAUCCUUGAUCUCGAUCCCCAAAUCAAGGUCGACUGGGGCAAUAAACUCUGCGCCCAGUCCACCUUUCCAUCCGAGGCACUACAAAUCUCCUACACCGCCCUCGAGGACGGAAUCCUAGCAGAAGAUGGUCACAUCUACGGCGUCGAGCUUGCCCUUCGCUUUAUUACAUCCGAGCUGAUCUGCACUAACCUUGUCAAUGCACUUCUCGGUGUCGGAGCUUGCCCAGGCGGUGGUCUUUUUACUCUCAGUGGCCCCUUUGAGCAAUGGUCAUACCUCGUCGCCCUCAAUUAA